AUGACCAACCAAGAGAACAUGCGGGGCAAUCCCAACCCCAACUCCAACACCCCGGCUCCGGCUCCGGCCCCAUCACCCUCGGCCUCAACCUCAAACACCCCCUCCGCCAAACCCCCUUCCACUUCCGCGCCCCCCGCACCCUCACUAGCAUCCCGUAUCCAAACCUCAGCAACAGGCUUAGCAAAAAGCGCAUUCCAACCGAGCUCCGACCUAGCCAACACUCUAGCAUCAAGCACGAGCAGCAAACCAGCCGGUCCAUCCUCCCUCCCGAAUACACAAACAAGCAGGGAUCUAUCCGCAAAGACCACACCGCAUGGAGCUCCCGGCUCAGGUACCGGGCCCGGAUCUGCGUAUGCAGCGCAUUCCUUCCGCGAACACGAUACAUCUACAUCAACACCGGGUGGAUUCGCUCUACCCGCCUUGACAGAAGACGAGUUCCAGGGAAAUGCAUACGCAUACGGAUAUGAUGGGAUAGGAAUAGCAGACAACACAGCGGCGGAUCAGCUACGCGCAACCACAACUACAAAUACAAACCAAUCCCAAUUUCAAUCCCAAGACCUCCAAGCCCCCUCUUCAACCUGGAAAGGCAAAGCCCGCGCCCACGAUCCAAACCAACACCAAUUCGAAACUGUCUGGCAGCGGCAAUGGCACGAUCAACAAACCCCGCAGACAACGGAUACCUCGGCUACAGACGGCGCGGCCGUUGUGUCGUUGUUAUCUAAUAUAACCUUUGACCCGAAUUUCGAGGAUCCGACGACUGUACCCGAUACCGAGAUUGAUAUUGCCGCUGCACCGGCUCCGCUUUCUGCCGCGGAGAAGGAGAUGCUUGAUUCUUUUCGGAGGGGGUUGAGGUUGGAUGUGGAGGAGAAUAAGGAAAGAGAGGGGAAUGGGCGGUUAACGAGUGCGAGUCUUAUUCCUGAUAUUGAUGUUUUUUUGAGUCAGGGGCUUGGGGCUGAGAGCGGUAUUGGAAGUGGAAGUGGGACUGGGACUAGGGAGGGGAAUGCGAUGGCUAUGGCUACGAGUUCUGGUUCUGGUUCCAUUCCUACUUCAAUCCGCGAUGCUGUUUUGAGGAAUAUUCCUGGUGGGAGUGAUUGGGUUGGUGUUCAGGAGACUGAUAUUGAUGUCUUUUUGAGCCAGGGGGUUGGGGCUGGGAGUAGGAUUGGAAUGGGGAUUGGGGAGGGGAAUGCUAUGGCUACGGGUUCUACUUCGACUUCUACUUCGCUCCGCGAUGUUGUGUUGACAAAUCUCCCUGGUGCGGGUGAUUGGAUUGGUGUUCAGGAGAGGUAUCAUGAUGAAGUAUGGGGAUAUUUGCAGCCUGUGCUUGAGGAGGCGAGGGCGGAGAUUGAGGAGAAGGGGGCUGAGGGAUUGGGGGCCGGGGAGGAUGGGCCUGCUGUGAGGAGGUUGAAGAUGAUUUUGAUGCAUAUGAAGGGGUGA